AUGCCACGUAAGGAAGCAAAGAAGCGGAAGCGCGCCAGUAGCCCGGAUAAGGCGAGCACCUCUAGCGCUGAUGAACAGGGGAAGCAUGGUGGUGCCUUCUCUAAGUUCGAGGAGUUUGACGUGUCGGAGUUGCUUCAAAAGCCGCAGGAAGUGCCUGAGGUUCAGCCGGCUGCGGAGGAGCAAACUUGUAGCCCCACUAACGACACCGUGGCCGAUGCUCCGCCCAUAACUGCGGUGGAAACUGUAGCUGCGGUUACCGAAGAGCCACCGGCGCCCAUCCCGCAACUUAUUCCACCGGAGCCCCCGAAGGAACUUCCGCCAGAUGAGGAGUUCGUUCCGCUACCCACGCUCCAGGUCGGGCCCAUGAUGAACCGCUCCUCAGAGGCGCAGAGUGGUCUGCUGAAGGAGCCCGCACCACCGGCGUCGAUUCAGCGUGUCACACAACCAGGGAUGCUGGUCCCGGCGAUGCCCACUGCCUUAAUGGAGCUUCUUAGUGGGUAA